AUGGCACCAAAUCGCCUAGCAACGAAAUUCCAGACUGCCCGAGCAUUACAACACCACGACAUCCCAAAAAGGGAUGUGACCAUCAACAUGCAGCACAUUAUCUGUAGUGUUAUUAUCAUGUUAACAGCAUUCGACAUUAAUCAAGCACGAACUGGACCUCCUAAAAUACUGUUCCAGCCUCAACGUCACAUCUAUUACUCCUCGGCCUCCAACUCUAGUAUCGAGUUAGCUUGCAGCGCUGACGGGUCUACCCCAAUCAGAUUCUUUUGGGAAAAGAACGGAGUUCUAGUAAAAUUUAGAGAAAUAGUCAGUGGUAACGGCAUUUUUGAUGUAAACCAUCAAAUAAAUGACCCCACUUUGUCGGACGAAGGAGAGUAUAUUUGUUACGUAAGUAACGAUUUCGGCGAUGCAAUGACUUAUCCCGUUCACUUAACACAUGCAGUGUUACAGGAUCAUAGUAACCGGAAUAUCGCCUUCAACGAAACAGCGGACGUAAACCAUCCGUACACACUACCAUGCGAGGUCCCUCACAGCAUACCGGAAGCGGAAGUAUAUUGGGUGAAGGUCACAGGUGCAGGAGUUGCGGCAUCGCAGCAACAGCGGAUUCAGUAUGAUGAAAGAGUUACAUCAGAUACAAAUGGUAACCUUCAUGUCAUCUACGUUCUCAGCACCGACACCGGAAGCUACAGAUGUGUCAUCUACAACUCAUUACUCAGAAUAUAUACAAAUGGUCCAAUAUUCAACAUAAAGAUAAGAGACGGAGUGGGAUCCAUUGUAACCCCACCUGAACUUAUAUGGAACUCGGAUGAGUAUCCUGUGGCGUUACACGGAAGUGACGUCAAACUUAGGUGUAUCGUUGGAGGCAGACCGGCACCUUACAUUGUUUGGACUAACGCUGACACAGGAGCCGCGAUGAGGACAGACCAGGUAAUUGAUUACGGAAGGACCUUGACCUUGAAUAACGUGCGGUUCAUUGACGCCGGAAGAUAUCAGUGUAGUGUUCCAGGAACGUCACUUACCAGUGGCGCCAUCUUUACUCUAGAAGUGGACAAGGCGCCUACGUGGAUUCGGAAACCUAACCCAAUCAAAGCAAAUGUAGGGGAAGAUGUUGUCUUCAACUGUAGUGCUUAUGGCAAACCCGAACCGACAAUUAAGUGGUAUAUAGACUCGACUCCACUGGCAGAUGUUCAGGGUGACAAAAGACCAUCUCGGAUACAGAAUACUCAGUUGACCGGAGCGACCACAAGUCUCCUCUUCUUCAGGGCCACUUCAUCCUUCACUCUGAUCUGCGAGGCCUACAAUACACACGACUACAUAUGGGAUGGGACUUUCCUAUACGUCCCCGGAAACACCUUGACUUCACCUACGCCUUCAACCCAAGCUCCAACCCAAGCCCCCAGUACGCCUAAUUCAGGAGCAAAGUCUUCCAACGCAGCCACAAUAGGUGGCUCUAUUGGAGGUGUUGUAGCUGUCAUAUCUGCAAUCGUUGUUCUUUCUUGUAUCUGGUCUAGAGCAAGGAAAAGAAAACAACCAGAAACUAAAUCAAACGUCAAUAUGGCCUAUAGAAACCGUGGUUUCGAUAAUGUGCAACAGCAAGUAGCCACAGGAGGCAAAGGAGAAGCGUACAAUGGUUUGUCUGAUUCUCGAGAUAAAGAACCUAAGGGCAACAUCUAUGACGAAUUGGGCGGCGCCAGCAAUGUUGACUCAUCUAGGAACGAAGAGGCAGAAUACUGUUAUAUCAGCGAUAGUGACAUAAUAGCGGCUCAAAGACAGUCGGGAAAACCAAUCCCAUCAGUUCGAAAUAACAGAUCUUCAGGUCCAGAUGUAUCCAAUCCAGGACCCACUCCGGUAUCGGCAUCCGUCGGAUACAGUACCGCUUAUGCUCCUUCCGGCGAAAAACGGCUGAGUCACUUCCCUAGCGGCAAAUACUCCUCUCUGGACAACCCCGUGUAUCGUGGCCAGACCGGAAAUACGAAUCCUCCGGCACCUGCAGAGUACGAAGAACCGAAAACAACUCACGAGUAUUUCGUAUUAGAGCCAGAACAUACAAGCUUGUAG